AUGCCGGCUGUUACAGUGAAACCCCCGGCCGCUGAGGACAUGGUGGCGGAGGGAGGAGAGGGGGGAGACAGAGGUGGGGGUGGAGGUUUGGGGGGACAGGAGCACCGAACGCCCCUGCCGCUGGUGAAGGUGUCCCGGGAAAUGCUCAGGACUUUCCCCCAUUCCAAACGCGUGGGGUCGUACCUGGUGGGGAAAAUGAUCAACAAGGGGUCGUUCGCUAAAGUGAUGGAGGGGCUGCACAUCGGGACGGGAGAAAAGGUGGCCAUUAAGGUGAUCGACAAGAAGAAAGCUCGUCAGGACUCGUACGUGCAGAAGAACAUGAAGAGGGAGCCUCGCAUUCACCAGAUGGUCCGGCACCCGCACAUCGUCGUUCUGUUUGAGACCCUGGAGACGGAGAACAGCUACUACAUGACCAUGGAGCUGUGCGCGGGAGGAGACUUAAUGGACAGGAUCUGUGAGAGGAAGCGUCUGGAGGAGAGGGAAGUCCGGCGCUACACCAGACAGAUCCUCUCAGCCGUGGACCACCUGCAUAGACAUGGCAUCGUGCACAGGGAUUUGAAGAUUGAAAACUUCCUUCUGGACGAACACAACAAUAUUAAGAUAGUGGACUUUGGUCUGAGUAACACUCUCAAACCCGAGUCCCUGUCCCUGGACCUGCUCAGUACUCAGUGUGGGAGUCCGGCCUACGCGGCUCCGGAGCUGCUGGCUCACAGGAAGUACGGCCCCAAAGUGGACGUGUGGUCUGUAGGAGUGAGUGCAUUUGCGAUGUUGACCGGGACUCUGCCCUUCACUGUGGAGCCCUUCAACAUCAAACACCUGCAUCAGAAAAUGGUCAACGGAGAAAUCAGCAGCAUUCCCAGUGACAUAAGCAAAGGUGCAGUGUCGUUCGUGCUCUCUCUGCUGGAGCCGGAUCCAGCCAAACGUCCGAGUGUCAGAGCGGCUCUGGAGGAGAGAUGGAUCAACGAAGGAUACGGCAAAAAGAGUCUGAACUCGCUCUGCCACAAGAACAGGUUGAGCCCAGAUGACCUGAACUCAUCCGUGCUGACCUACAUGACGGACACUCUGGGAUACGCCCUCUCUGAUGUCGUCCACACACUGACCAAUAACAGGCCGUCUCCCAUCAUGGCCUAUUAUCACCUGCUGCUCAACAAGUUCAACCGCAGCCAGAAAGGAGCCAAGACGCUGAAGAAAUUGGAAAAUGACUGGAGUUUACCAAAUAAGAACACGUGGAGAGAGAGGAAUGGGAGUGACGUGAAAGGACAACAGAAGAAUUCCUCCGAUGACAAAGCCUCCAAACACAUCAGCCGACCGCAGAGACCAGCGCCGGCAGUGGACAGAGAGAUGGUGAAGGAGCAGGAUGAGAACGAGCCUCCCUCCCCCUCUCCUCCCUCUCUGCCUCAUCUACCUCACCCCUCGUCCCCCUCUCUGCCCUCUCUGCCCCAUCUACCUCACCCCUCCUCCCCCUCCAUGCCCCCACGUGUACCCUCCCCCUCUCCCGCUCCUCUGGGGGUGGAGGAGGAGCUGGACAUCACGCUGGAGCCAAAAGAGCCACUUUUUCCUGAAGUGUCAGUAUUCAGAGAGCGUGAGCUGGUGCACCUGUCUCCUCCUAAAAGCUCCGCCUCUCAGCUGUGCGACUCCGCCCCCUGCCAGGUGCCCUCUGACCCCCUCCGCACCUGCAGCACCACUCGCCCCUCCCGGCAGCAUGCCCACCUGCUCAGGACCACGCGAUCCGACGGGGCAGCCGCCGACCCCGCCUCCGAGUGUUUCCAAGACAACCGAAACCAGGAUGACCUCCCGCAUCACCUGCCCAUCGGCGACCGCCUGGAGAAGCUGCAGACGUUUUACGCCACGGACCAGAGCCCCGUUUCCCCCAGGAUGAUUUUGGACGUGGACCCGCUCCCGGUAGACAGAGACCACAUGGAGACCGCGCCCUCUCCGCUGCCCCGUUUGAGAAACAUAGCGCUCAAAGAUACGCGAGGUAGAAAGAUGACAUGGCUAACCAGACCAGGACCCCCGGGACUUCUGGUGAACGGGUCAAAACCUCCCGUAUUCCCCUCAAGACAACACACGCUGGUUUUUAAGAGUUUGAGACAGGACAGGGGUAAGAGGAGGGAGCUUUCGGUAGCGGGAGGGGCGGUUUCGGUUGGAGAUCGGGUGGUAGUUGGGGGAGGCGUGAAGAGGAACUCGGUGCAGUUAAGAGCGAGUUUACAAAGGGGGUUGACGGAUCUGAAUCUGCCCCUGUUGCCCCCCGCUCUGCAGAAACCAGAGCGCAAGAACAGGCUGCACGGCAUGGACUACUGA